CAGCUACUAAUUAACACUCGACUCGACAGUGAGUCUACUCAUCAAUUGAUUCUUGUCUUCCUCGCUACUAUUUCGCCCAACUCUGUGCAGUCUCCCCCACUCCCUCUCUUUGCCUUUGGCAGCUUCCUUUUUCCCUCUCUUUAACUGUUAACAGAAACUCGUGAAGCGAGAAAGAGAAAGAUAGAGAGCAACUCGACAAAAUCCAUACCCACACGGCAGCCUACAGAGAUCUAACAGGAACUUGAAUUCCGGAUUCUCACUCUUGUCUCCGGGGAAGAAAUGAGGGAACCGACAAUGAUCGACGGCAACAGCACUGCCUCCUCCUCGCCAGUACCGCCUCCGCCACAGGCGUUGCUCGAGCGCCUGAAGGACUACGGCCAGGAAGACGUGUUUUCGCUCUGGGAGGAGCUCUCCGCCGACGAACGCGACUUCCUUGUCAAAGACAUCGAGAAUCUAGAUCUUCCGCGGCUGGAUCGGAUAAUCCGAUGUUCGCUUCGAUCUCAGGCUCUGCCAGUUGCCGCCAUUGAACCCGUGCCUGAGAGCAGCGUGUCCACGGUAGAGGAGAGGACGAUGGAAGACAGAGAGCGGUGGUGGAAGAUGGGGUUAAAAGCAAUCUCUGGCGGGAAGUUGGCCGUUCUGCUUUUAUCUGGCGGUCAGGGAACACGGCUUGGAAGUUCUGAUCCUAAAGGAUGCUUCAACAUUGGACUUCCAUCUGGGAAGUCUCUUUUUCAACUUCAAGCUGAGAGAAUUUUGUGCGUCCAAAAGUUAGCUGUUCAAGCUGCUAAUGAAGGUUCAGGAGGUUCUGCACAAAUUCAUUGGUACAUAAUGACGAGUCCAUUCACAGAUGAGCUCACUCGGAGAUUUUUUGAAAGCCACAAGUACUUUGGCCUUGAAGCAGAUCAAGUCACCUUCUUCCAGCAAGGCACCAUACCUUCUGUUUCAACUGAUGGUAGAUUUAUCAUGGAGACUCCUUUCAAGGUAUCCAAGGCCCCAGAUGGCAAUGGAGGAGUAUAUUCAGCUCUUAAAUCAUCGAGAUUGUUGGAAGACAUGGCAGCAAGAGGGAUUAAAUAUGUUGACUGCUAUGGGGUUGACAAUGCAUUGGUCCGUGUAGCUGACCCAACUUUUGUGGGAUAUUUCGUGGAUAAAGGAGUCUCUGCUGCCGCAAAAGUCGUUCGCAAGGCUUAUCCCCAAGAAAAGGUGGGUGUAUUUGUGAGGCGAGGGAAAGGUGGACCUCUGACUGUGGUUGAGUACAGCGAGUUGGAUCAGUCAUUAGCUUCAGCAGUCAAUCAGCAAACUGGACGCCUUCGUUUUUGUUGGAGUAAUGUAUGUCUGCACAUGUUCACUUUGGAUUUUCUAAAUCAAGUGGCAAAUGGGCUCGAAAAAGAUAGCACUUACCAUCUUGCAGAGAAAAAGAUCCCUUCAAUUCAUGGAUUCACAAUGGGAUAUAAACUUGAGCAGUUCAUAUUUGAUGCAUUUCCAUAUGCUCCUUCAACUGGCCUAUUCGAGGUAUUGCGUGAAGAAGAGUUCGCGCCAGUGAAAAAUGCCAACGGCUCAAAUUUCGAUACUCCAGACAGUGCCAAGCUUCUCGUGCUUCGACUUCACACUCGUUGGGUUGUCGCGGCAGGGGGCUUCUUAACGCAUUCAGUACCCUUAUAUGCAACAGGUGUAGAGGUAUCGCCUCUUUGUUCUUAUGCGGGAGAAAAUCUAGAAGCGAUCUGCCGGGGAAGGACAUUUCACGCACCUUGCGAGAUUAUGUUCUAGUGGUAGUUCACUUGUAAGUCGAGUUUGCAGUUGCACGAGAUGAGGUGUGUUACUUGCACACAUUUACGUUUUCUUUUGUAUUACAUAGAUGAUGAGUGAGUGGGGAAUGUAUGCAAUGCUUGGUGUGUGUACAAGUUUGGGAUGUUCAUAUAUGUUUUUCUGGCUUUUGAGUGCUGCGAUUUUUCAGUGUAUAUUUCGAGGAAAACCUUCAUGGAACAACGUUGCUGUUUUGUACCAUGCCUCUGCAAUUUUUUCUCUGUUGUAGUUUUGCGGCAAUUCGAAUACUGCAAUAAAAUGAUGAGAGGCUUGUCAGGUUUUGGUUCUUCU